AUGAAUCUAGAAAUUAAUGAAGAAGUAAAUAAUUCAAAAAUAAUAGUUAAUAAUACAGAUAGUGUAAUUUUAAUUAAAGAAGAUGAAUUAAAACAUAAGUCUGAAUUAAAACAUGAAUCUUAUGAUGUAUCAGAUAAUUUUGAUAUGGAGAAUGAAAUUAACCAAGAAAUUAAAGAAAGAGAAUACAGUUUUUAUAAAAAAUCAAUCAAAUCACUAGUUAACAUUUUAAAUAAAAGAUUAGAAAAAAAUAAUAAGAAAAGUGAAAAUAAAGAAAAUGAGAAGAAGAUUGAAAAAAAUAAAGAAAGUAUUUUAAAAAAACAAGCUUAUAAAUCAUCACGUAAACAUAUUAAAAAAUCUAUUUUAAAAGAUUUAAGAAAAUAUUGA